AGCUGCUGCAGCAUCUUUCACGGGCAGCAGCAGAGACCGAGAGCUGCAGAAAAGGGUGGGGUCGCUUCCCAGAAGAAGAGGCAGUGGCGGCGGCGGCUGCUGCAACCUCGCGGGCAGCGGCGGAGGCAGCAAUGCUCGGUCUUCGCUGGAGGUGAUGGCCUCCCAGUCCUGCUAGGUGGCCGGCUGCACUAGGACCCCGGCAGGAAGGAGACUCGAGCCCGGUCCGCGAACCCUGCGGCUACACCGCCCGGCCCCUCCUCUGCGCCAUGGCUUAAGCCUGCAGCCACCUCUCCUCACGUCGCCGCGCUCGACCGAGGUCUGUGCGCCGCCGCAGCCGCAGGGAGGGGCGCGUCCCAGACACCCUCGCCGGGGACUCGGGAACGCCGUGCCUCUCGCCCUUCGGCGCCUGCAGCAGACUGCGCUCCCAAAGGCGUUUGCAACUGGUAAUCGAGGGACUCUACAGACUCUCUUAGGAUAGCUCUCCCCGGGUGCUCGCUGAGGGAGGAGGGCGAACUAGCUCUGGCUGAUCGGGGGUAGAAAACGGUGGGAACCACAUUGGCUGGUCCGGAUCGGAGGCUGAAGGAAGAUUAGAGACUUGCUUUAGAACCACAAGAAGAAAGAGGGGGCCGGCUUUUCAGCUAGCAUCAUGGCGUGGCCGUGCAUCACGAGGGCCUGCUGCAUCGCCCGCUUCUGGAACCAGUUGGACAAAGCGGACAUAGCGGUGCCGCUGGUUUUCACCAAGUACUCGGAAGCCACCGAGCACCCGGGCGCCCCGCCGCAGCCACCGCCGCCGCAGCAGCAGCAGGCGCAGCCGGCGCUCGCGCCCCCCUCGGCGCGCGCGGUUGCCAUAGAGACGCAGCCAGCCCAGGGCGAGUUGGAUGCAGUUGCCCGGGCAACGGGGCCAGCGCCUGGGCCUAGCGGUGAGCGUGAGCCGGCGGCUGGCCCCGGCCGGGGCGGGCCGGGCCCGGGCUUGGGCUCCGGCUCCACCUCCGGCCCCGCGGACUCGGUGAUGCGGCAGGACUACCGCGCCUGGAAGGUGCAGCGGCCCGAGCCCAGCUGCCGGCCGCGCAGCGAGUACCAGCCCUCCGACGCGCCCUUCGAGCGCGAGACCCAGUACCAGAAGGACUUCCGCGCCUGGCCGCUGCCGCGCCGCGGAGACCACCCGUGGAUCCCCAAGCCCGUGCAAAUCCCUGCGGCCUCCCAGGCCUCGGCGCCCAUCCUCGGGGCGCCCAAGCGCCGGCCGCAGAGCCAGGAGCGCUGGCCAGUGCAGGCCGCCGCUGAGGCCCGGGAGCAGGAGGCGCCCCCCGGCGGAGCGGGCGGCCUGGCAGCCGGAAAGGCGUCCGGGGGGGACGAGCGCGACACGCGCAGGAAGGCCGGGCCUGCCUGGAUGGUACGCCGCGCCGAGGGCCUGGGGCACGAGCAGACGUCGCUGCCCGCCGCCCAGACCCAGGUCCAGGCCACCGGCCCCGAGGUUGGCAGGGGGCGCGCCGCGGCGGACGCCCUCAACCGGCAAAUCCGCGAGGAGGUGGCGAGUGCAGUGAGCAGCUCCUACAGGAAUGAAUUCAGGGCAUGGACGGACAUCAAGCCUGUGAAACCAAUAAAGGCCAAGCCCCAGUACAAGCCCCCAGAUGAUAAGAUGGUUCAUGAGACCAGCUACAGUGCUCAGUUCAAAGGAGAGGCCAGCAAGCCAACAGCAGCUGACAAUAAGGUCAUUGAUCGCAGAAGAAUACGCAGCCUCUACAGUGAACCCUUCAAGGAACCCCCAAAGGUGGAGAAACCUAGUGUUCAGAGUUCCAAACCAAAAAAGACCUCAGCGAGCCAUAAGCCCACGAGGAAGGCCAAAGACAAGCAGGCGGUGUCAGGCCAGGCUGCCAAGAAAAAGAGCGCGGAGGGCCCGAGUACCACCAAGCCAGACGACAAGGAGCAAAGCAAAGAGAUGAACAAUAAACUGGCUGAGGCGAAAGAGAGCCUGGCUCAACCCAUCAGUGAUUCAAGUAAGAAUCAAGGUCCUGUAGCCACAGAGCCAGAGAAGGGUCAAGGUUCUGUGGUCCCAGGGCCUCCAAAGGAUCUAGGUCCCAUGAUCCUGUUACCAGUCAAGGAUCAAGAUCACGUGGUCCCUGAGCCUUUAAAGAAUGAAAGCCCUGUUAUCUCAGCACCAGUCAAGGACCAAGGUCCCUCAGUCCCAGUUCCUCCAAAGAAUGAAAGUCCUAUGAUUCCAGCAAGAGCUAAGGAUCAAGGUUCUGUGGUACCAGAGUCUCCAAAGGAUCAAGGUCCUAGGAUUCCUGAGCCUGUGAAGAAUCAAGCUCCUAUGGUCCCAGCACCUGUCAAGGAUGAAGGUCCCAUGGUCCCAGCACCUGUCAAGGAUGAAGGUCCCAUGGUCCCAGCACCUGUCAAGGAUGAAGGUCCCAUGGUCCCAGCACCUGUCAAGGAUCAAGGUCCCAUGGUCCCAGCACCUGUCAAGGAUCAAGGUCCCAUGGUCCCAGCACCUGUCAAGGAUCAAGGUCCCAUGGUCCCAGCACCUGUCAAGGAUCAAGGUCCCAUGGUCCCAGAGCAUCCGAAGGAUGAAAGUGCCAUGGCCACAGCACCCAUAAAGAAUCAAGGUUCCAUGGUCUCUGAGCCUGUAAAGAAUCAUGGUUUAGUGAUCUCAGGGCCAGUCAGUGAUUCAGGGCCAGUCAAGGAUCAAGAUGUUGUAGUCCCAGAGCAUCCGAAGGUUCACGAUUCUGCACUUGUGGCACCUGUAAAGAAUCAAGGUCCUGUGGCCCCUGAGUCUGUGAAGAAUCAAGACCCCAUUCUCCCAGUACUAGUGAAGGAUCAAGACCCCAUUCUCCCAGUACUAGUGAAGGAUCAAGACCCCAUGGUCCUGCAGCCUCCAAAGAAUCAAGGUCCUGUAGUCCCUGAACCUCCGAAGAAUAAAGUUCCUGUAAUCCCGGUGCCUCUGAAGGAUCAAGCUUCUCUGGUGCCAGCACCAGCAAAGGACCAAGGUCCUGCAGUCCCUGAACCUCUGAAGACUCAAGGUCCCAGGGACCCUCAGCUACCUACUGUCUCACCUCUACCCCGAGUCAUGAUCCCAACUGCCCCCCAUACGGAAUACAUUGAGAGCUCCCCUUGACACUCACCCCUUGACACACCAAUGAAGGAGCUGACAGUGAGAGUGCUCCCCUCCCAGGGGCAGUGAAGACAUAUUUAAUCUGCAUGAAACAUGUACAGUAGCCUUGCUGGAAUCUAAUAAAAAUGGUCCCUCUGACUCAGCAA